UAAAACUGACGUCAAAUCAUUUGAGACGGUAGUAAAACAUCUAAACAAAAGGCUCUUUCGUCAGUGGGAAGCUUCGGCUGUGUAAAUACCAAAAAUCGGGAGUUAAUUGUAGCCUGAUAAUGGACUCAAAAUGAAAACGGAGCGGUAAAUAGUCAGAGCUGACGGUUCAUCUCGCGGUGCUCAGCUUUCUUGACAUGGAUUUAAUAACUUCUGUUGCGAAGACAGCCAGUACCCCAUCCCUGUUGCUGCACAAGAACGCCGUGUACCGUGAGGAGCUGCGACGGAAGAAAGUGUAUCUCGAGAAAAGCCUUUACAGGGCUUUAGGCAAGAUCAAACAUGAGGAGCAUAUUCUGAAAGAAAAGAGGGCGCAGUCUUGGGACUCUUCUGACAGUUUCCAAUUACGCCUACCAGGUUUUCGCUUUAGAGCCAACGGAGACUACAAAAAGUCAGUUUCUCGGAUGCGAGAAGAACGGCUAUGGGAAUCGCUUAGAGAGGUCAGAAAACGGAGAUCGUUACCGGGCAAGGAAUCGUCUGUUAAUAUCAUUGACACCUCCAUUGUCGACGGUAAAGGACCGCCGGAGGCACAGACAACAGUGGCAGAGGUAUCGUUGGCGGCGGUGGCUGCUGCUACUGUGGCGGCGGCGACGGAGGUGGCGGCGGUCGGCGCGCGUUCUGACAACCGGGACGAGGUGGGCAGCUUCCUACAUCCGCUCAACACGGUGCCUUACACCGUGCGCAAAGUGCAAUGCCAACUCGGCCUGCACUACCGCCCAAGGGCCGUAGCUUUCCUGGAUGGGGGUAACACUCUCAGUCCGAUGACGUACAAGGACAGCGCCAUGCUUCUGCACAAAGCUCUGAAGAAACCGGACUUAGAGGACCUGGCAAAGGGGCUGCGGACUAAGUGGAAGGACAGGGAGGAGCCGGAGAACAACAACAGCAACAGCAUCACCAUUACCAUCAGGGAGGCGCAUCAAGAGUCCCCCUUGCUGAGACCAUCCAUUGGCAGGUCCCAUGUGAAGCGUCGGUGCUUUGCCUGUCGCUAUGGCCAACAGUGUUGCCUGGACGAGAAAGGUGCUCGACAUGCCAUCACAGUCGUUGAUCGGCCACGGUGGCAACUAGUCCCGGCCGGCAAGCUUGUCCCUCAAGCACGCAGGCGGAUCAAACUGUUUUCUUCCAGCUCCGACAGUGGGGUUAGAGGCUCGUCGCAGUCCACUCAGCUCAGCUUGACCAACUCCUUGCCCGUUGUCAUGGACAGAAUUACGGCCACCCCACUCUCCUACCACCAGUCGUCUCAAAUGUACGUGGGGCUGCGCAAGGCCUCUGACCACAGGCAUUCCGCCUCACUGCUCGCCACACAUCUGGAGGACGACCAGGAGGAUGUCAUCCUCAAGAUAGCUGGCACCAACCGAUCUCUGUCGGGUUGUUCGUCUUCGAAAGAGGAUUCCUUUGUGAACAUUAUACCUUCCAGGCACUUGGGCCUCAAUGAACUUAAGAAGAAGAUAAAGGACGAAAACGAGGUACUCAAGUCCAAAGUAGAUGGAUUCUUGAAGACUCUGAGCAAAAACACAAAAAGGAUCUUUCUGAAAGCAGCUCUGGAAGAAAGCCCAGACUUCCUAAAGGAGCAGAAACAUUAUCAGCAAGAGGAGUUUGAAAUGGUUUUAAAAAACUCUCAGAUUAUUGAGCGCCAGUGCCUUUCAGUUUUGGACUUUGAUGUUGGGAAAUUGAAAGUGUGCAUCCAAGGUGAACGUUCAAAUGUCUACGCAGCACAGCGAGCCAUCGACACACUUUGCAUGGGUCAGUAUGAUUUUGUAGAUGCUGAUCUGAAGAAAGAAUUUCCUGAUGUCUCCAGAAAUUAUGUGCCAAACCAGCAUCAGCUUCCUUUGCAGCAAAAGCAGAUAUAUUUGCUUGAAGGACAAGAACAGACUUAUUUUCCACUGCCUGGGAUGGUGUCAGGUUACACAAGGACUGAUUCUCCUCAUGAAUUCCCACAGUCCCCUCGGAGAUCGCCAGUCAGGGACAUAGACAACAAUGUCAUAUUUCCAUCUAGCCAAGUGGGAUCCAGCAAAGCAGGUGAUCUGAUAGAGGAAAAAGUGUUUUCAUCGGAUCUCUACUCUGAUUCGUUGGUUGAACGUGGCACUGCUCCAUCAAGGCUGUUAGACAAAACAUUUGCCCAGAUUGUGUCACUAAAGGAGGACCCAGAGAAAGAGCUCAAUUUUUCUUUCUCCACAUCACCUGUAUCUUACUCCCCAGAUGAAGACAUUUCUGGGUAUCCAUGUGACUAUGACAGGUCUGAUCAUCUUUAUCAGAGCAGACUGAAAUUUGCUUUGAAACUAGGUUAUUCGGAACACCACUUGGAGAUGGCGUUGGAAAAGCUGGGUCUUGUUUGUGAUGAGGACAAACUUCUUCACGAGUUGAUAGAAAAUUCAGUGGGAGCUGCAGAAGAUUGUUUGGAUUCUCCUACCAUCACAAAUAUCACACCCGUGGAUGUUGGGAGUUCAGAGGAGUUUCUGGGAGUGAUGAAGAAAGUAGCCAGGUCUGAUGACUCCAGCAGCAACUUACGACACAUUGUGAUUGACGGCAGCAAUGUUGCCAUGCAUCAUGGAAAAACAGUGUUUUCCUGUUCUGGCAUAAAAAUCGCUGUUGACUGGUUUCGACAAAGGGGCCACAAAGAAAUCACAGUGUUUGUGCCACAGUGGAGGAAAGAACCUUCUCGUCCAGAUGCUCCUAUAAACAAUCAAGAAAUCCUGCGAGAACUUGAGAAAGAAGGAAUUGUGGUGUUCACCCCAUCACGCCGAAUCAAAGGUCGCCGCAUGGUCUGCUAUGAUGACCGCUUUGUGCUAAAACUUGCUGCUGAGACGAAUGGGAUUGUUGUAUCAAAUGAUACGUACCGUGACUUGCUAAACGAGAACCAGGAAUAUCGUAAAGUGGUGGAUGAACGUCUCCUGAUGUAUACAUUUGUAAAUGACAGGUUUAUGCCUCCAGAGGAUCCACUUGGACGCCGUGGACCAACUUUAGACAACUUCCUUCGUAAAGAGCCAUCAAAUCCUCCACCACUGCCCCCUCCAUGUCCAUAUGGGCGCAAGUGUACAUAUGGAAACAAAUGCAAGUAUUACCACCCAGAGCGAGGGUCACAACCUCACAGGUCAGUUACAGACAUGCUGAAGGAGCAGGCAACCAUCAAGAUGCAGGAGCACGCUAACAAGGGACAGGAUUCCGGGACAAGGGUCGCAAGAGCAAGCCAAAAGACCCGUACACAGUCUCUUGUCACAGGAGAUUUUGCACCAACAGAGAAGUCAGGAGCUUCACUGCUGUCUCCUAUACUUCAAGAACAAGACUCUGACACAAUUGCUAGGCUCCGGCCUCCUCUGAAGCAGUCAGGAAAAACAUCAGAUUACCUAAGUGAGCACAGAAAAAGGCUAGAAGAAGCCCUGGCUGUCAAGAACACCUUCACCAGUGAAGCUGAGGUGCUUUACUCCAGGCCACAUGAAACAUCUUCACCCAAGCCUCAGGAAUCUCCUUCAUUAUUGCCGUUACGCCCAGGCUCAAGAGUUUCUUCCCCUGCAAUGCUGAACGUACCUUAUUCCGACAGCCAAGAAGGACCAUUGGUCAGCGGUCAUCUUCUUUUGGCUAAGAAGCUGUCAGAUGAAGGGUCAGAAUCAACUUUUUUUACAAGUGAAGGAGCUUCCAGUCGCAACAGCCCUGUCAUGCUGACAAACUCGGCAGCUUUAGGGGGAAGCAGGCGCGAGUCACUGCCAAUGCAUUUAGAAGGGCGUCUUCCAUCCCCACCAGAAUCACAGCAUCCAAUGAUGCAGAUUCAGCAGCAGACUCAUUCUUCCUUUUUUGAUGACCAAAGCUCUUAUGGACUGUGCUUGUCAGGACCAGCCUGCUUGCCUUCCCAGCAGCACCAGAUGUACCAGCAAGAUCCAGCCUUCAGUGGCACAGGGUAUGGGGCUCACUAUAACAGCUAUCCUACAACAGAACAUGGUAUUAUUGGCGACCAUAGCUACAGAGAACAUUUUUCCCUGAAACCUCAGCAGAGCUGCCCGCCAAACCAGGGUUUCGUUCCCAGCACAGCAGGACGCCCUCUCAGAGGAAUGAUGCGCCAGAACAGCUCCUCUGAUCCUCAGUUACACAUGUCUGGGAUCAGUGAGGCUGGCCCGGCAUGGCACCAAACCCCUAUUCCAUUAUCCCCCUUGCCUCCUGCAGACACAAUUAGUGGGCACAGCAUGUUCAUGCCUGCUGGAUACCCAGGUCAGCGAACUGAGCAUCAUGCCCGUCCAUUGAUGCGAUCCACAUCCAUGCAGGCCCAGCAUAGGUAUCAUCAGCAGCAGAGCAUCCAGUUGGCCAGCUUUGAUCGCCAGAUGAGUGAGGGAGUGUUUGGAUCACAAGAUAUGUAUGGUCUUCCUUCACCGUCUGUGUAUCCUAUGUCAGAAAUGCCUUACGGAAAUUUUCCCACUACACCUACAGGCAUGACAUCAGGUCUGAUGGCAGUCCAGAGCCCUGUGGCAACCCAUUGGCAUCAGGAUCCUUUCCACAGCUUAUCCCCUUCGCAUGUUUCAUCGCCAACGCGUAGCUUUCCUCUGGACCGUGCAAUCCACACCUCCGACCCUAGGUAUCCCAUGUACUACAAUCUUUGUGGCAUCUUUGCUGAACCUAGGGUACGUGCAGUCAUGAAUAAGUUUCCAGACGAGACAAACCCCAAGAAACUGUGCAACAGCAUCAUGCAGUUGCAUCUGUGAUCAGCGUUUGCCUUUUUAAAAACCUGCCACCAAGCAGGAAAUGGCAAGACGAGUUUCCAGAGUACACGGCUGUCAACCAGUUCUCAGCCCGUCAUUCUUUAAGCAACUUCCUUGAAAGGCACAUGAACAGGGAACUCCCCACCCCCUACCCCCCAUCUCGCCCAGACCUUUUUUCCCUUUUUUGGAGGAAUCUAUGUGGUUUGUAGCAUUAUUUGCAAAUACGCACAAAGCCAAAUGGAAGACAUGCAUAAAGAGUGACAGGCUGCUGUACUUGUUGCUUUCAGCUGUGACCUUGUAGUUUUCGGAACGAAAACUUCCAGUACAGCAGCUGUGCUGCCCACACUUAGGCUUAUACACAUUGUGUGUAACACAUAGUUUGUUGAUUAAUGUAGUAGGUCCGUCACUCUAUGCAAAGCAUCUCCCAAUUCUGUGAUAUUGACAUAAACUGAGGAAGUAAUGUCAAGAGCUGGUGUCACUUGUCAUGAUAUGGUGAACACGCCAUGAGAAGCAUCCUGUUUCACAUCUCGUGACUACAUUACAAUUUUAACAGGUUGGUUGCACAAAACUGAUUGACUCAACUGUAUAGAUAUGAGAUGGAACAUAUUGGGACAUCAACUGCUUCAUUUUCAGUAUGGAGACUCAAGUGUUAAACUGCUUGACAUUUAACCUCAUGUUUGGGUUGGGUGAACUUGAGCUGGUCUCCACAUGGGAAAACAGCAUGCACAAGCAAGGAUGAACUUGUUCUGAGUCCAUAGUUACCUGUGAUCUGGUCACAAAGUUCAUUAGCUUGCUGUUAAGUUAGCUCUGAGAAUUCAGUUAUAGGCUCACCUUUCAGUGCAUCUAUUUGUUAUGGUUGGAAUGUGAAAAUAUGAAGAAAAGAAAUUUAAAAUUUGUGCUGUUUUCAUAGUAGAUGACUUUGCCAUAGCUGAAAAAGACACUGUAACACUUGUAAAUCCCAUAGCAUGUUUUGUUUUUUUAUUUCGUAGUUUGAUGUUUUGCUUGUGUGCCUUUUUUUAAAAUACCUGACAGCAUGUGGUUGGAUGUUGCUUUUUAAAGCAUUGAGUGUAGCAAAAUGUUGGGGCUGGCUCAUUAUGUCCUGUAAACGUUCACUCUGGUAUGUAAAAUAUACCCUGGGAUAACAGUAAGAGAUGCUGUUUUCAGGCUCAUGUGGUAGUAAUAAUAAUUCAAUUUGUGUCAUGCAGUGGAAGUGAUGGUAUAACUUUGCAAGUGCUUAUUUGUUAGUUUUAUUUUAGGUUCACUUGUGACUAUUUCAUUGAAUGCACUGUGUACAUUCUCGUGUUAAAAAAUUACUUGUAUUUAUCAUGAUGGUGUGUCUCCAUGGUAAUUGUUUGACAAAAUCUUCACAUUUUGGGCAUUUUGUGGACUGCAACUGGUUUGUAAGGAAAUGAAACAUUUUAUGUCUGUUCUUUUACACAAUCUUUAAUGAUGAAUUUUCAUAAUACUGGGAUAAGCCAGUGCUAGUGUCAAAGUGUUUACUGCUCAUGUUCUGUACAUCUGUACAUGAUAUAUAUAUUGGGUUGCUGGUAUUAACCUCCACCCCCUACCACGCCUUUUUUUUCUUUCAUUUUGGUGGGGUUUAGGGUAUAAUGGCGGUGGUUUUGUGUGGUUUGCUUCAUAUAAUAGUCUGCUCUGGAAGUCGGUGUUCAUACACAUUUUUGGCAAUUGAUGUUAUAUUUGUCAUUGUGUGAAUUAACUGGUCACUACUAGAUGUAAGCAAAUUACAGAAAACAUAAACAACAGCAUUGCUAAGAGGCUGUUGCUGAUCACUUUUGGUGCCUUUUCUUUCUUUUUUUGUAAAUUUUGGUCUGUUUAAAUGUUUUAAAGAAAAAAAAAGUGGCGAAAUUCGUCACGUGGCGAAGUACCACAUCAGACAUAUUUACCUAUCACCGGGUGGUGAAGAUAUAAAGUACCUCAGUGUCUGAGGCUGUAAGUCAGUGUGGUUUCAGUUGUGUCUCUUCGCCAUCUCACCUUGCUAUAAAUCAGUUACCUUUGUAACUUGUGUAAGUUGAUGAUGAGUAUCUAAGUGAGUUAGUGUCAUAUUAUUAGCAGUAGACUAACCACCAAGAUUUUUGGCAAGGCAAAGAUUGAUCUUUAUUUGUCAACCUGAUAGCUUGAUAAUGGUCAAAAUGGAAAGACUACGUAAGUUGUAUCAUUUGUUACUGUGUAUUACAUCGCUGGAUUUGAUGUUUUAAAAUCAUAGUUUUUAAGCAUGUUCACCAGUGUAAUGGUGUAUUGCCUGAUGUAUGUAUUUUAGCUUUGUUUUGAAACUAACUUCUCCUUGACAAUGGCCAGUUUUAAUUUUUUUAAUCCUUAUUAAAAUACUUGAGCUAGGUAAACAUCAGAAGGGGAUUUUCACAAGUUGUCUUUGAUACUGUUCUUAGAAGGAAGAACAUAUGGACGUGAUAUUUAGAGGGCAUUGCAAGCAAAAGUUGCAAAUAGAAUAUAGUUAUAUAUAAUUUGAGAAGUUAUGUAGUUUUUAUUUUUGGUGUGUUUUGUGUAAAUACCCUUAUUAAAAUACACUGUAAAUAAAGAAAACAUUUUUUCUUGCAAGUGUUCAUUGCUUUUUUUCCUUGUAAAGCCAUAAAUUUGAGCUGUCAGUGGUGUUAGAAUGUUUUUUAUAAGAUCUAGUAGUACUGGUUGUACUUAGCAAUGCUAAUAGAAUUUUGUGAACAAAGUGUGCACUCCUGAAAAUAAUUUUGCAAGUCAGUUGAAAUUUUUUUAUCGAAAAGUAUUGUCUAUAUCUCCAAAGUAAAUUCAGUUAUCAUUCUUUUCUGAAAUGGAUUUUAUGAAUAGUGGAGGUUAUGUAAUGCAAGCUUUAUGAAGAGCUGUCAUGGCUGCAAGAUCUUGAUUAAUGUGGGAUAAUUUCUUUUUGUUACUGUAGUAUAAUUCAUGUAUGUAAUGGUACACGUAUGUAGAUCAGCAUUAUUCUCAUGGAGUUUUACUGUUGCAUAGGGAUGGCGCGACUUCCAUUUUUCUGCAGCAUUAAAAAUUAAUCGUUGAGGGAGAAGGGUAGUGUAGGCUUGCUAUAAUAAUGAAAAGACUGGCCAGUGAUUCAGAUUUGAAUGGGAAUUAUAUAGUUAGCUCUGCAUGACAGUUUAUUUAUGCCGCCAGUCCUUAGUUUAUCAGAAUGCACGCUCUUUUUUGUGUAGCAUACACACAUUUGCACAUGCUUGCUAGCUUACUGAAAACUUUAAACUGUUGAAGGGAUUGAUCAUAUACUUGUAGUUGGAAAUGUAAAAGGAAAUUAAUUUCUGAAGUGAAUAAAGCUUGGAUUAUGUGUU